CUUUUUUCCCAGGCCUCAGAUAAGAGUUCUAAAAGCUUUAAUACAUUCCUUUCCUUGUUUCUUAUACCUAGAACUAGUUUUGUUAACAAAUAGGACACUUUUCGGCUUAAUGGCUCCGCUGAUGACACUUCACGUCUAAACCGUUGUAGCUGAAUGGAGGCACCCAAAUCCCAAACAAAUAAGAAACAACGUGUAGAGAAAGAAAUAGAUGCGGAGGUCGCGAACGCGGCUAGUCGGCCGCCGGUGGAAGGCGAACAGCAGCGGGUCCUGUGCUCCAAGGGAUGUGGGACAUGGCUGCUUGCUGGCUUGAGCAAGUAUCACUUGAACGAGCACUACCGCAGCGAGCGCUGUCAGACAAGUAGGCCCGUGCCCCGACGAAACACGCUGCAUAACUUCUAUGAGCGGCAGCAGCAGCAGCCAGCCGAGGCGGCAAAACCGGCGACCGUGCAUCCACCACAACCAGCUCUGCCGCCUGAUGGACCGGA